UCACUAACAAACCCUUUCAAGUUUAACACUAGAAUAAAUAGUUCUCCAUUUACUUCGUGAAAUACUCGAAUUCUCAAUUUAUCAGAUAUAUUAGCGUAUAUUACCAACUAUUUAAGUUGUUAAUACACAAACACACAUCCUUCACUUUCAAGUUUCAACCAACACACAACACGUAGUCUCUUUCUCUUUCACGCUCGCACGCUCGCACAAAGGUUGAGAGGCUCAUUUUAUCUUCACCUACAUCUCUCUCUCACACACACUACAUAUGAAAAGAGCCUCUGGAACAAGGUUUCUGUGGUUAAUUCUAAGCCAUUUUUCUUCUGCGUCUUAAUUUAUCGAUUUCUCGAGUUAGAAGUUGUUCGGCGCAGGUUUUCGCAAGAUGGAGGUGACAGCUGAAGUGGCUUCGCUAACGUGCGCGGCGGGGCCGCUGUCCUUCCUUUUCCUCAUAGUCAAAGCUCACUACACAGCUCAGUUGGAGAAUUUUGCAAAACUACUGAUGCUGACUACAAUGAAAGGCCAAUCGGAAGCUGUUGAUGCCGAGGGAGGAGCUGGUGAGGAGAGCGACGGCGAAGCUGCUGCCGCUGGUGCUUCGGGAGAGGAUGAUGGCGAAGGGGAGUAUUCUGAGGAAGGCGAACAGGAGAACGAGGCCAACAGCAACAGCAAGGCCAAGGGGGGAGCAGGGGCCGGUGAAGAGGAUGAUGACGAGGAAAAUGAUGCUGCCAACGAGCACGAUGAUGAGGACGAUGAAGAUGACGAAGACGAUGAGAAUGAGGACGGGGACGACCCGGAUGUAGCUGAGGACGAGGAUGAGGAGCCAGAGGAUGACGAUGAGGAGGAAGAAGAAGACGAAGAAGAAGAGGAACUUCAGCCUCCGAAGAAGAGAAAGAAGUGAAGCAGCGUUGGUUAAUUUUACAAGACCUAAUCUAAUCUUCCUCCUAUUUCACUAGACUGACUCAGUUGCUUAAUUUUACUGCAGUUUUUUUUUUUGCAUGUUUUGAAUUCAUAUCCUAGGGAAACUUAUUUAAAUUUAGCAUCAAGCAAUUAAUAUUUUUGAAUUA